AACUAGCUCAUGCUAGUGCAGGAGGUGGAACAGUACCAGCCAAUCAUGCUGCAGAAACGGGGCUGGUCCGAAAACGGGUGGGAAAAGAAACGACGCCGCUGUCUCUCUCUGCUGGAGUGGUGAGCUGAGCAUGGACGUGUUAACGGAGCAGGACGUUAAAAAGUACCGGGAGGACGGGUACCUGGUGCUGGAGGGGGUCUUCAGCCCGGAGGAGUGUGAGGAGCUGCGGGCGAGGAUGAGUGACAUCGUGGAGCGGAUGGACGUUCCCUCACACUGCCGCACUCAGUUCACCACGGACCACGACGAGCAGCUCAAGACCCAGGGAAACGCAGACUACUUCAUCACGAGUGGAGACAAGAUCCGUUUUUUCUUUGAGAAAGGAGUCUUUGACGACAAGGGGGAGUUCACUGUCCCGAGAGAACGCUCUCUAAACAAAGUCGGGCACGCUCUCCAUGCCCACGAGCCCCUGUUUAAGUCCAUCACUCACUCUCCUAAAGUCCAGACUCUGGGUAAGAAGCUGGGUCUGAUAAGCCCUGUUGUUUUGCAGAGCAUGUACAUUUUUAAGCAACCAGGCAUCGGUGGAGAGGUGACCCCUCAUCAGGACGCAACCUUCCUGUACACGGAGCCUCUGGGCCGAGUGAUGGGCGUGUGGAUCGCUCUGGAGGACGCAACUCUCCACAACGGCUGCCUGUGGUUCAUACCGGGCUCGCACAACAAUGGAAUCACCAGGCGGAUGGUGCGGACCCCUAAAGGCUCGUUCCCUUUGACCGAUUUCAUUGGCCGGGAGCAGAAUUAUGACGACAGCCUCUUCGUACCAGCACCUGUGAAGAAAGGUGGGUUGGUUUUGAUCCAUGGUGAAGUCGUCCAUCGCAGCGCCGAGAACACGUCUGACGCCUCACGCCACGUUUACACAUUCCACAUCAUGGAGUCUGAAAACACUCGCUGGAGCCCUGAGAACUGGCUACAGCCGACAGAGGAGCUUCCGUUCCCUUCGCUCUACACCUAAAACCGGCACAGUUAAACCCAAACUAUUACAGGUCUGAUAGUUAUGUUAAGAUCAUCGUAAAGGGCAAGUCCACCAAUUUUUUUUUUUAAAUUACUGUAUAACUCAGUGGUUGAGAUGUAAACAGUGUCAUUCAGAGUGGUUUGAAAAUGAUCAUAAAACAAUGUGUCAGACAUCAUGAAGUGUAUUUAUAACCAUUUCAUGUAAUAACUUUCUUUGAGGAAGCUUUUAGAGGCAUUAAACUCUUCACAUCUGAAUGACUUUGUUUGCAUCCUCACCAUUCAAUCAUGCAGAAAUUCUGAAAAUCAGUGGGAUUCCCCUGUAACACCUAAGGGUAAUAUUCAUGGAACAGUGGAAUUUCUACCGAAAUGUAUUUUUAAAUAAAAUGGACUCAUAUGAACAGACAAAUGAACGUAUGUUAUGGAUGAUUUAUAAACACACAAUCAGAUUUUUAAACAUUUAUUUGUUCAGAGACAAGAAAUUAUUAAAUCUUUCUUAAGAACACUUUAGGAAAUGUUUUCAUUUGUCCCAUUUAUUAUGACUUCCAUGAAUAUUUUAUUAAAACAAAAAGCACUUGGUUGUUUGAUAAAGAUAAAUAAAACAUUUUCAAAAUGUUC